CCAAUUUCAUAGAGCAAAAAAAUCUCAACAACCAACAAUCGUCUCCUUCUUCCUCAGUUGAACUGAGUUCAAAAUAAUUUCUAGGAGUAUAUAAAUUUCAAUCAAAAGAAUACAAACUGCAAAAAGGUGAUUUUUUUUAAAUAUAAAUAUAUAAAAGCAAAACAUAAUAAGGGAAGAAGACGGCAUCCACACCACCCCACACGGACGGUAGCAUUGGUUGUCUGCUGCAGUCAAACCAAUCAAUUAUAGUACUAUAUUUAUACUCCAAGAUAUUUCUCUAUUCAUGGGGGAAGAAGAAAAAACACAGGACCCAAAUUCAAAUCCCAAUCCAAAUUCAAAUCCGGGGCCAAAUCCAAACCCGGAUCCAAGCCACGCCCCAGGGCCUCUAUCUGCAGCUGUGACUUUGGAGACGGAGAAAGAGACGGGAAAAGAUAUGGCUAGAGCUUCCACCUCUUUGGCACCUAACCCUUCUUGGUUUACUCCGAAAAGGCUGCUUGCUAUUUUCUGUGUGAUCAACUUGAUAAAUUACAUAGAUCGUGGAGCUAUAGCAAGUAAUGGUGUAAAUGGGAGCGCCAGAACUUGCUCAGAAAGUGGUGUAUGCACACCUGGUAGUGGAAUUCAGGGUGAAUUUGACAUGACUAACUUCGAGGAUGGGGUUAUAUCAUCUGCUUUCAUGGUUGGACUCCUUGUCGCAUCUCCGAUAUUUGCAUCUUCAGCCAAGAGUGUCAAUCCUUUUAGGCUCAUUGGAGUUGGCUUGACUGUGUGGACUGUUGCAGUUACUUUUUGUGGAUUUUCAUUUAAUUUUUGGUCCAUUGCGAUUGCUCGCAUGCUAGUGGGUGUUGGCGAGGCUUCUUUCAUAAGUCUUGCUGCUCCUUUCAUAGAUGACAAUGCCCCAGUUGCACAGAGAACAGCAUGGCUGGGAGCAUUUUACAUGUGUAUACCAACUGGUAUUGCCGUGGGGUACAUUUAUGGUGGAUUGAUUAGUGGCUUUGGUUGGCGAUGGGCAUUCUGGGUGGAGGCACUGUUAAUGCUUCCUUUUGCUAUUUUAGGCUUUGUGAUGAAACCUUUGCAGUUGAAAGGUUUCGCUCCCACUGGAACUAGAAAAGCAUUGACAGCAGUGGAUGAUGGAUCAGAAGAUCAAGGUUCUGACCUUUCUACAAGGGGAGAGGUUGCAGAUGAAAAUUUAAAGUCUUUGAGGUUUGGAGCUUUAACAACAUUUGGGAAAGAUAUGCAACUUCUUUUGCUUAACAGGGUGUACGUGGUUAAUGUUCUUGGGUAUAUUGCAUAUAAUUUUGUGAUAGGUGCCUAUUCUUACUGGGGACCUAAGGCAGGCUAUAAUAUAUACCACAUGAGCAAUGCAGAUUAUAUGUUUGGUGGAGUUACAGUGGUCUGUGGAAUAUUCGGUUCAAUAGCAGGUGGUCUUGUUCUUGAUCGUAUGAAUUCCACAUUGCCCAAUGCUUUUAAGCUUCUGUCAGUUGCUACACUCCUCGGAGCAGUAUUCUGCUUUGCUGCCUUUUGUUUUCAUAGCCUGUAUGUCUUUCUGGCACUUUUUGCAAUUGGAGAGCUGCUCGUAUUUGCUACCCAGGCCCCUGUAAAUUUUGUUUGUCUACAUUGUGUCAAGCCUAGUCUUCGACCACUAUCAAUGGCAAUAUCUACUGUAUCAAUUCACAUAUUUGGUGAUGUGCCAUCCUCUCCCCUCGUCGGGCUUCUCCAGGAUCGGAUUAACAAUUGGAGGGCUACUGCCCUUACUUUAACGUCUAUUCUAUUCGUGGCUGCUGGAAUUUGGAUUAUAGGAAUUUUCAUACCGGCUGUGGAUAGAUAUAACGAAGACGUUGAGCAACCAGCUCCGGUGGUGGAUAAGUCGAAUUCCACUCCAUUGCUUGCGGAGAAGACGGAAGCAGCUUAGAUUUGGCAUCGCAGCAUCGCUCCCUCAGCUAAAAGUUCAACUUUGCUAGCCUUUUUUUUGGCAUACAAGCGAGUAGGAGACAUUGUUGGAAUUUUCACCUAGUUUGUGUAAAUUCUUCCUUUCUUUAUCAUGUAAAUAACCAGUACUGAUAUUUCCUGAGAAAUGUCCAUAUUUUAAUGGCAUUAGUUUACCUUGUAAUAGUAGUGGGACUAAUUUUCAAUUUGAAGCU